GUCGUAUGUCAUCCUCAGCCGUAUAGUGUCACGAACGCCGCGAGCAGUGCUUCGUCAACUCCGGACUGGAAUUUUCAGCUCAAAGGCCAGGUGAUCGAAAUGUCAUCGAAUCGAAAAUGUUUCACCGAUGGGCUGCCAAUCUCAGGUGUGGACAGUUGUGAUGGCGAUGGGAGCAAGACGCUGUUCACGGACGACAUCGACAGUCCUGGAUGUGGUGGACUUCCCCUGCCUUGUGGACGACGACACAGUGGAAUUCUUGCGCAGCCACGGCCGCGUCUUCUUCCUGUCGCGCGGCCCUCCGGGCUCGGGCAAAGGGACGGUGGCCACGCGACUGCACGAGCUGUACCCAGGCAGCCGCCUGUACUGGGCGGACAAGAUGUUCCUCACGCCCUUGGCUCCACCCAGGACCAAGGAGACAUUGAAGCAGUCUCAUGAACUGUGCAGGAAAAAGAUAACUGAGUACAUGCAGCAGAAUGAGCCAGUCAUCAUCAACAGGAACACCAACAUGACGGUGUGGGAGACAUCUCAGUACCUACAGAUUGCUGCCACGUAUGGAUAUACAGUGAUCAUCCUCAAUAUCGACAAGAACCUUAUCUUGAAGCCUGAGGUACUAGCGAUAACAAACAGCAAGGGGCUGGACCAAAGGUACAUGAAGUCACGACUGAAGCAGUGGGAGCAGGUGUACCCGUACGCAAUGGGCUGGUCACCUAGGCCUCGAGAUGCCGCGUCCCUGCUGCAUCGCUACAUGAAGCUGGCUGCCGAGCUUGCCAAUGGCGACAAUGGCAUAGGGCUCAAGCCUGUCCGGUGCGCGCAGUUCUUCCCCUUCUGUGUCGCAAGAGUGUGCUGGUUUGGAUGGGAUGAGCGGGAUAGGGAGUACUGCCACAGUGAACUGGUGAAGAAAGCUUAUGCUUCAAAAGACACAAUCACUGUCUUUGGCUAUGCUGUGGUUGGCGAUCUGGUUGUGGCUGUUGUCCAGCUUACAGAAGCCCAGGCAGCGCUCGUGGGAGAUAGGGAGCAGCCAAUUCACUUGGAGGCUGCAAUCUUAAGACACGCAAAUGCCCUGGAGUACGACGAAAAGCUGUGCACCUUUGACUUGCACGAGAUGUCUGCACAGAAUGAAUCUGAUCAGACAGCAGUCUUGGAAGAAGAAGCCGCAUGCUGCGAGCUUCCACCACCAUCGCGGGUGAGUUUCAUUGUCCUUGGCUCCACCACUGCCAAGCCCAUAAAAUACAGCGAUGCCAUGCUGCACACCAGUCUUCUGCGUGACCACAUGCACUCUUGGAAGGACACGCGUGCAGCGCCAAGGAUUGGUGUGAACACUGCUGGUGUAUCAGUGUACAGCACCAUCUCGAAUGACACGUGUCACCUGAUUGCAGUCAAGAAGAGUGUCAAGUUGGAUGUUGUCUUCACAGGCCACUACCAGGCUUACACCACACAGUAUGUUCUAACAUUUCACCUUUGUUGUACAUGGGUGUGCAUUGCUGUGUGUGUGUGUGUGUGCACUGUUAUAUGCUCUAAGAGUGUAGGGUGUGCUGGAAACAUUCGUGCAUAGGAGUAUUCGCUUGUUGUAUAUAUCAGCUCCAUUUUGGAGAGUUACAUUACUUACAGUGAGUUUUGUUUGCUUUGCAAAUUGAAUUUACUCCCUAUGGAGCCUUCCUUUCGGCUCUCUAGGCCCUUAUGUAUCCUGCUCGUAUUUUCCACACCUAUUGCAUUACAUGAUUUUAAUGCGAUUAGCAUUCUUAGGGUACUUCAUGACCUUUUGGGGGGCUGGCUGACUGGCUCUAACCAUCGUUCCGCCAAUGUGGGUCACAGAAUGGGUAGUCCAUGGUCUAAUGUGUAGCACAUCUGGCUGCUGUGUAGAAGAAAUAGGGUUCGAAACAAAUUGUUGGACCAACUUGGGUCACUCAAAGAGGUUCAGUGAACCUCUUUGAUGCCAACUUGAGUAACUGGGUAUGUGCCACUUCAUAUAGGCUGCUCUCCAGUGACAAAAAAGAAAAAAAAAAAAAAGAUGCUUUAAAAUUUAUUCGCGUAAUCAAACCCGUGCCACGCGCGGACU